AUGGUGACUUCCUCACCUCCCACUCCCCUUACAAUUACUAUUGAAUACAAGCCCUACACCAGCUACCAGAUUUGUUUUCAAUUUCGCUUUGUACGGUUUCUUUGGCUACAGCAAGGUUAUUGUAUGUUCAAAUGGCUUAUUUCGGAAGCUUAUCUUACACCACACCAAAAAUUAAGGAUUGGAGAUGCAAUGGCAAAGGCUAUUCCUGGAACCAGACAUGAUCCAGAAAUAGAUGGCUGUAUCAUUAUGGGGAGGGUUGACUGCACUGAAGAAGUUGACCUGUGUAGAAGUUAUAUGCAGAGUCAUUAG